UAAAGAGAAAGGUAAUAAGGUAAAAUUAGCAUCAUUUGCAACUACCACCGUCGUUCCCGUGGGAAAAGUAGACGGGGAAAGUGUAAGAAACUUGCAGAAACCGCAGCACGAAAGAUCCCCAAAAAGACCGGCCGCAGCUUCAGCGGGAAUUUGUGAACCGAUUUUCCACUCAAGAUGGAUUUUCCAGCCUCCAAAAAGGCUGGAGAUGAAACGGAAACUAUUUUGUUAGAAUCAGACGAUGAAACCGAAUCUCCAGCCACUGCGUCCAACAUAGAAGCACCAGACACCACUCAGGAGAAACCCCUGGAAAAUCCCAAAGAGCUGGAACAAGCUACAGAAACGCCCAUAGCAGAAAAGCAGGAAGACGUGAUCUUGAUUGUGGACGACGAAAAAGAACCCGAUAAUCCCGGACAAGAUGAUGAACCCACAUCGGAAGAACCUUCGACUGCAGAGCCGCAAGAAGCUGACAGAAUACUAAAUGAUAACUCUGUUACCGAUGCGCUAGCGUCUGAAAUUGGAAAAUUGUCCACUACUACAGACGGCCAGGAUGUUGUGAAAGAAAAUGUCGACGAGGAAAUGCCAGAAGACCGCCAGGAACAGGAGAACGCUGCAGCAUGCGACGAACCAAAACAGCAGGAAAUGGCAAAUGAAGUGCCGGCCACGCAACCGGAAGGUGGCGAUGCGUUUGAGAUGAUGGUAGAGGCAACGAUCGAAAAUAUUGCUGCAGCAGUGGACAGUAACUUUGAACUGGAAGCUGAACCCGGUGAAGUUGUCGACGAAAAGGUGACCCCGGAACCUGUUAAGGAUGAGCAGACAAAACCCGAACCUACCCUCCCGCGGUCCGAUUGCUGCAAUCCGGAGUGUAGCUCGAAGUGCCGGGAGUACGUUGAGGCCCCUCUGUUCGCGAUCAACUUUUACGACGUGUCGAAGAAAAAGAAGAAAGUUCCACUUUUAUGUACCGAUUGCUUUGGAGCAGUCAUCAGAGAGUACGAGAAUUAUUGCUCAAUGAUAGUGAAUCAAACUCCAGUGGUUCGGCACAAUCCGACCAAAAAGGAGGUAGUGGAAAUUAUAGAUAGCGAUGACGAGGACAAAGAUAAGAUUGACCUGCUAAAAUUUGAAAAUGAAAUACCAUUGCAUCAGGACAUAAUAGCACUGGUCGAAGCGGAACUGGAGGACGUCAUAAAAGAAACAUUCGAUAAAUACAAGAUACAGGAACAGGUGGAGGAAUCCUUCGACUACAUUAAACAGAUAAUUGCGAAAAAUGAAGAUUGCUCCAAAUUCCUUGAACCUACGUUUAAACAGAUAUCGAAGAGGGCGGACGAACACCUCUUUGCCAUUUACGCUGCCAGAAAAUUGGAAAUAAAACAGCUUCCCGAAUUAAUCAUCGGCAACGACCCCAACAGUGACAUGCAUCGCCGAGAGCCCAUAACCCAGAGCCACGUGUAUUACGCUGCUGGCGAUAAACUGUUUGCCAAGUGGAAUGAGUGUCGAGUGAUAGAUAAAGUGAAGCGAAAUAACGAAAUUAUGUACUAUAUCAAGUUUCUGCAACCGGAAGGAUCUAUGUUGCAGUUACGAUCAGCCAAAUGUAUUGCCUACCAUACGGCGCCGAUAGGAAAGCUGAUGCUCGGGACGCGUGUAAUUGCUAAGAUUGAAUCGUACGUUGGCAAGGGUGGAAAUGUGCAAGACGCGUUCUACCCGGGUGUUGUCGGUGAGUCGCUGGGCAGCUACAAUCGCUACCGAUAUCUAGUUUUCUAUGACGAUGGAUACGCCCAGUACCUGCCACCCAAAGACGUUCGAGUCGUCUGUUUCCAAUCGAAGAACGUUUGGGACGAUGUGGAUAUCCAUUCGCGCGAGUUUAUCAAGGACUACCUGAUCAAAAUUCACAAGAUCAGGCCGAUGGUGCACGUAAAACCCCAGCAGCGACUUAUGACAGAGCGAAACGCUACCUGGUACGAUACAAUCGUAACGCGGCUUGAUGCCAGCCUGAUUGAGGUUUACUUCCCCGCGUUAAAGCGCCAUGAAUGGAUUUAUCGUGGCUCCACUCGGUUUGCUCCGCUGUUCUACGGAAUAAAUCAGCAACACUUCGGCAACAAAAAGUACUCCAAACUUCAGCAACGUAAUGAGCCGUCAAUAGAGUACAUGACAAUCGAUGACGACGAAGAGGAGACCGGCGUCGGAAAUGAGGGUACCGCGAGAAGCAGCUCCGACAUUAUGGGUCAAAAGCCCAUCGGCCCAGUGCCAUCGGCGGCACCGCAAGACAGCAAAGCGCCGAAAGAAGCUCGCAGCGACGUUGGAGGUAAAGCGAAACAAGCGCAAACGGCCCGGAAAAGCACGGUGGAUCGGCCUACAUAUCUCAACCAAAGCAUCAUCUAUUGUGAUAACGAUCGGCCAGAGGGAUCUACGACGAACUACACGACGAAGCGCUAUCCACCACCGCAAAAGUUCAAACCGCACAACUGCGGACCUACCUGUCUGUACAAAUCUUCGUUCGAUAUGCGAUCAUUCAGCCACCUCGGUAAGCCGCUGCUCUGUGGAUGGGAGCGACAGAUUUGCAAAUCUCGCUUCAAGAAGGUGCCCAGUGUGGUGUACCGAGGUCCGUGUGGUCGUCGUAUGCGAUCGAUGGCGGAGGUGCACCGUUACUUGCGCAUUACGAAGGCAACGCUGAACGUCGAUAACUUUGAGUUCGAUCCACAGUUGCGAGUGUUUGCUGAGUAUCGUCCACAAUACCUCGUGGUCGACAUACCGGACGUUUCGAAUGGGCUCGAGUACACGCCCGUUUCGUGUGUGAACUAUUUCGACGAUACAAAACCGCCGCCAUGCGAGUACUCAACCAAACGCAUACCCACCGAGGGUGUGAACCUUAAUUUGGACGAAGAUUUUCUGGCCUGCUGUGACUGUGAAGAUGAUUGCUUCGAUAAAAGCAAAUGCCAGUGCUGGCAGUUGACGAUCGAGGGCGCGAAAUUUCUGUCACCGGAACAACCGAUCGAAUCGAUCGGCUACGUAUACAAGCGGCUGGAGGAAUCGGUCAUGACCGGCAUUUACGAGUGUAACGCGCGGUGUAAGUGCAAAAUGGAUUGCCUCAACCGAGUUGUCCAGCACCCGCUCCUUACGAAAUUGCAAAUUUUCAAAACCAGCAACAGGGGCUGGGGUAUUCGUUGCCUUAAUGAUAUAGCCAAAGGCAGUUUCAUCUGUGUGUACUCCGGUCACCUGAUCACGGAUGAGGCGAGCAAUGAGAUUUGCGCCCAGAACGAGGACCAAACUGGUGACGAGUAUUACGCCGAGUUGGACUACAUCGAAACGGUGCAGAACACAAAGGAAGGGUACGAGAGCGAUGUGUCGAACAUCGAGGAAGAGGAGGAGGAUGAAUUACAAGAUAAGAACAGCCAAAACGAGGAUUCUGAUUCUGCGCCCGACUAUGGAGCCAGCAAUGUGGAACCCGAUUCGGACGAAGAAUUCACCUACACAAGCAAACCAUCGCGUAUGGUGGUCAAGACACGAUCUCAGAUUCGUAAACUGGUAACAGAAACGCAGGAUGAUGAAUUGACUGGUGAGAAACGAAAGGAAAAAGAUUCCGGAGAGCGCGAACCAAUCAAUCUCGCACCCAACAUGGAAAUGUCGCAAGCAGAGGCGCUGGGCAAAACUAAAAAGAGAAAAUCUCUUCGCGAAUACUACGGAGAGAACGAAGCCACCUACAUUAUGGACGCCAAAAAGUCGGGCAAUCUGGGCCGCUAUUUUAACCAUUCCUGUGUACCUAAUCUGUUCGUCCAGAACGUGUUCGUCGACACGCACGAUGCCCGGUUUCCGUGGGUGGCCUUCUUUGCGCAGAAGUUGAUAAAGGCCGGCUCGGAGUUAACGUGGAACUAUAACUACGAUGUCGGCUCAGUGGCCGGCAAAGUGCUCUACUGUCACUGCGGGGAAAAAGAAUGCCGUAAGCGUUUGCUUUAACUACGGUCCGUUCGCCUUCUUCCGCCGAAGCCACACUUUCUCGGAAUAGUUUCUCAGUUGGAAAUAUACCAAUAUACCACGGCAUUUGCGCUAACU